CCCCCGUCGUUGUCACUUCCUGGAAGCGAGGUCACGUCAAAUACAUAGUUCCCUUUAAUCAUUGCUAUCUCCCUGAGGCGGAGUUCACACCACAGACUGAAAUUAAGUAACCGAAGAGCCGACCGCAUUAAAAGACAUUCUCUACAUCAAGUUUGUCCGCUCAGCAGCUUCCUGCCCAGUUCUAUCAUGUGUGAUCCCGGACAAGACAGCGAUUUGGAGACAGAUCACAUGGCGGAUUUUUCCCUGAUGAACAGUCGCCUGGACUCAUUCCGUGGCUCCAACCUGGCCCAACAGAUAUCAGCAGAAAGACUAGCCCGAGCCGGCUUCUACUUCACUGGCCAGGCCGAUCGUGUCCGCUGUUUCAGCUGCCGCAAGACUGUGGAAAACUGGUGCAGGGGAGACACACCUGUAGAGAGGCAUAAGGAGGUUUCACCAUCAUGCAGGUUUCUCAGCUGCACCCACCGCACCAAUUUUAAUCCAAGCUGUAACACCAGACUGACUAACGGCUCCACCUACAAUGAAGAUGCAGAAGACAUGGAAUAUCGUUUGAGAACAGGAGAGGUGGUCGAUGAGUCCACCUACCCAAUGGCCCCUCACAUGAGGAGCGAGGAGGCUCGGCUUCAGACCUUCUCUUCUUGGCCCUCUACUGCUCCUGUGAGUCCCCGAGAUCUGGCCCAAGCCGGCCUCUACUACUUAGGAGAGAGCGACCGCGUGCAGUGUUUCUGCUGUGGUGGCAUGCUGGGUGGCUGGGAAGCAGGGGACACCGCCUGGGGAGAACACACCAAGCAUUUUCCCUACUGCUUCUUCAUCCUCGGGCAUGAUGUAGGCAACAUCCCAUUCCAGGGGGGUACGGAGGAGGAGAGCGGCAGCAGACAACAUGCAAACACUCGUGGCUCUAUGGGGAGUCUUGAUGAGAGGCUUGGUAGCUUUGCAGGUGUCCAGCACCCCAUUGACCCUGAGAGGCUUGCCAGAGCUGGCUUCUACAGUGAAGGGACGGGAGAUAGGGUCGUAUGUUUCCGCUGUGGUGGAGGUUUGAAAGGCUGGCAGCCUGAUGAAGACCCUUGGGAAGAACAUGCCAAACACUACCCUGGAUGCAGCUUCUUGUUAGCAGAAAAAGGACAGGAAUUUAUCAACAGCAUCCAGCUACAAGACCCAUGGCAAAAUGGAGCUGCUUCAAGUCAUCAGAAUGGAUUUUCAGGACAUGGGAAUGAGGUGCUGCAGUCCGCCAUGGCUCAGAAGGCCAUAGAAAUGGGUUUAGAGCCCAGUGCUGUGGAAAGGACCAUCUUAGAGAAAAUGAGUAGGACGGGCUCAGGCUACUCUACCCUGGAAGCACUUAUCGAGGAUUGUCUUAACAACACACCAAACAGUGAUGCUGCCAAGACACAAGAUGAGGACCCACUGGAGAAACUACGGAAGCUGCAGAGGGAGAAACAGUGCAAAAUAUGUAUGGACAGAGAUAUCUGUAUGGUCUUUAUUCCAUGUGGACAUCUGGUCACUUGUAACGAGUGUUCAGAGUCGCUCAUCAAGUGUCCGAUCUGCUGUGGAGCCAUUUCACAGAAGAUCAAGACAUAUAUCGCCUGAGGGAAUCACAGAUUCUUGCCAAAUGUCAAUGCUGCUUUCUCACUAUCUUUAUUGUAUUUUAAUAUUAAAUGUAGAUAGCUUGUGAUAUAUUUAAGGACCAUGUUGUUUGUAUAAGAAUCACAGAAUGAGGAAAUGUCAUCAGAAAACAACAUUUUCACAAUCACUAAGAUGGAAAAUUGCUGUUAAUAUUGAGAUGGUACUAUAUUAUUAAUAGCUGAUGUUGAUUUCACAGGCAUUUAAUCAGUACUGACACUUGUAAAUACACACUAAAUGAUAAUUACAAUUUUGCAACACUUUUUCUUGCCAGGGUUGCCUUUCUUUAGUUUCAUGUAUAUGUCUUAUCUUGUGUUAUUUUGAACAUUUCUGACAGGGAAGCAAAACACAUCACGGGAUGUGAUAUCAGAUGUCAGUUUCAUACACUUAUGUGUCCCACUCAUCACAUCUAUUUUGUCUGGCGUACUUUUGUCAGUGUGAGCUGCUCUGUAUGAUAUGUAUAAAGAUAAAUCAGUAAAUCUUUUAAAACUUUAUAACUGACAAAACUGUCUAACUUAGGGCCUGCAAGUGUGGAGUGAAAUUAUUUUACCAUUCCAUCAUGCAAGAAGAGUGAAUAAAUUUGAAUGUUCGGGCUUGAAA